AUGAGACAUUUAUGGUUUGAUUAUCGUAAUGGAAUGAAUAUUGAAUUAGCUGCUGCAGAAUUGAAAAUCAGAAUGAAUUUUAAUUCUCCUAGCGAGUGUUUGCUCGUACACAAUCAUUUUCAACUGAACGACGGAGAAUAUGUUGAGACCGCUCUCAAAUCGAUUGGUACUGAUGUUCAACAGGUGGUGAGCCAUUAUUCUAGUGAUGGUCAUCCAUUUGCAUUUCACGCCAAAGCUUCAACGUCGUCAUCGAUGGAAACUGCAGUACCAUACAUGUGGGCUUGUGAUAAAACAGCAAAUGCCUACUUUCCAAUUCAAUUCUUCGAUGGAAACAACACAAAGAUCGUUGAACGUUUGGCACAAUUGUGUGAUCGAGCAAAUUUAAUCGAAUUUCGCGAUGAAUAUAAACUCGAGCUGAGUAAAUAUGGUUUGGAAAAUGAUCUUGGUUUGCUUUUACAAUAUCAAGAUCGUGUUGAAUAUAACAAACUGGCUGAAGUUUCCUAUGACGUUACUGAUGUUAAAAUUCGGCAACAAGUUCUUUUUGUCUCUCCUAUGGGAAGUGUAUAA